AUGGCAGUGGAUAUUACAGAGCGAGUACGGGACAAGUCCACGGCACAGGUGUUCAUCAUAACCCUGGCGAUCAUCGAUCUGUUCACCUGCAUGGUCAUCAUCCCGUUCACCAUGUUCGUGGAGUACACCGAGUACGACAUCAAGUUCGACUUCCUGUGCAAGCUCUAUCACUUCCUCAUCACCUCCAAGAUCCCGCUCUCGGCUUUCAUCAUGGUCGCCAUCGCUUUCGAGCGGUAUUUCUGCAUCUGCCACCCGCUGAAGAAGAUUAUCAACCUGACCAGAGCGCGUAUCAUCGUGGUCUGCUUAUCCCUGCUCUCUUGUCUCUUCGGCGUGAUAACGUCUCUGUUUUACGGCGUUUAUCAGAUCGUCGAUCGUGUGGACAGUCGGAAGAUAGACCAGGUGAUGGGUACAAACUUUACCAAGUCUGUCGCAGACUUGGACAGUAUCGUCAUGACAGACGACAGCGGUGCGCUCUACGACGAUCUCUACCGGAAGCUCAUCGAGACUCUCCGCGAAAAGAACUACACACUAGCCUUCGGGAACAAUAACUCGCUUCCAGUGACUCACGAAGUGGUCUACAUCGGCAUCUGUAGCCCCUCACGCGUGCUGCUGAGUGGGACGAUGUUCCACGUGUACCAGCGAAUGUACACAGCUGUGUACCCUAUGUGCCUCAUCACCGUCAUGGUGCUGUACCUCAUGAUCUACCGGUUCAUGUGCCACAGACGCUCCAGGAAGCUCCAACAGAAGCUCAUCAUGUGCUCUUACGUCAACGGGGACGGCACGUACGAGAACACGCGACUGGUGAGCAGCCCGAGUCUUGGCGAGUCGCGGAAAAACUCGAGAGCGAGAAAACUUUCCGAGGAAGAGCAGAAGAGAGAGUUCGCCAACUCUUUCAUGAUGCAGACAGCGCCCAGCAGCAUGACAUCGCCGCAGAUCGAGCUGAUGGUCAUGCUGACGUCAGAGGACGCUGCUGAGACCAAGUCUUCCAGGCCGCCCGUCAUCUUGGACGACGUGCCCAGAGUUAUGACGUUGCGGGAGACGUCGCUGCGAGCAGAAGUCCGGAGCAGGAUGAGCAGUAGUCCCACGCCAACCACCGCAUCCUUCAUCACAAACCUGGACGGAAAUGAAAACGCAGACGACGACAACGCCUCCAUUAUUCUAAACAGCUCCGGAAACGGCGUCAUCAACAACUUCAACAACAGAAGCAACAACAACAAUAACAACAACAACAACGACGACAACAACGACGACCACCACCAUCACCACACCAACGGUGGUCACCACAAUAGCAUCCCCAACCACCACCACCUGCAACAUAACCACCACUUAAACAACAGCACCAGCAGCAACCACGAUACCAACUAUCAAUCUCCUUUCAGCGCUCCCGAUAGCGUGGACACAUCGCAACAACAACAAAAUCAACAACAACAACAACAACUACAACAACAACUACAACAACAACUACAACAACAACAACAAGGACAAGGCAGACGCCACUCGCACUACCCGGACCAACAAAAGUACCACUGGCACAAGAACAGAGACUCGGUUAAACGCUACAAGUGCAAAAGUCGCCGCAAACGCUCCCACCACACAGCGGCUGGCUACGAGGCGGAUCGGCUGCGAGAAGAGAACCGGGCAGCCAACGCCAAAACGGCACUCAUGCUGUUCACAGUAGCCCUGGUGUUUAUCGUGGCCUUUGUCCCCGCCUGGAUCAUGGCGCACAGACUCAUCCCGCCCAAUCUGGUCAUCUUCUAUCUCUACUUCAGCUACAACGUGGUCAACCCUUUCAUCUACGCCUUCAUGAACCACAUCUUCAAGGAUUACAUGAGGAAGAUGUUCAUGUGUAAAGACAUUAGUGGACUCAGGAGGUCUUGAAGCGUUGGGCACUGUGUUGUGGGCAUGUUAUUUGCUAGGGUUUUGUGUGUGUGUGUGUGUGUGUGUGUGUGUGUGUGUGUGUGUGUGUGUGUGUGUGUGUGUGUGUGUUUGUAUUAAUUUGUGUGUUUGUUUGUGUGGGUUUUUUUUGGUAAAAACAGAAGUUGCGUAUGAGGUCCUGAAGCAUUAGAUACUGUGAUCUUGUCAUAUUAUUUGCUACGAUUGUUUGUGUUUUGUAUUAUUUUUUGUUUGUUUCUUUGUUUGUUUGUUUUGGUAAAAGCGAUGCAUUGCGUAUGAUUUGUUUUGUGGCCGGAGGUUUUUAA